AUGCACAAUGGCACCGGAGAUUCCGAUAGUGAGAGCGAGCUAUCCGAUCCUGCAGAGCCUGUCGCUGCCGAAGCCUCACCGUCACGCGGCGACAACGACCAUGAAGGCGAGCACCUUCCUGACCACAACGACCCGAGCUCACCCGAACCUGAUGCAGAAGGCGAUGCUGAUUUCGAGAUGGACGUCCCUAUGAACACAAAUGACGCCCCAGUGGAAGAGGACAAUUCUUCUUCCGAUGAUAGUAUCAGACCUGCAAAAAGGAAACAGCAUCCGGUCCACGAGGAUGACCAUAUUCGGAAUAACCCAGAGAUGUACGGGCUGAGGCGCAGUGGAAGAUCUCGUGCCGUCCACAAUCUGGCAGAAACUUCUGAGGAAAACGAUACGGACUCGGACGCUGUUGCUCGCCCUCGGAAGCGCGCGCGUCACAUCUCUCAACGAUCAUCGAAACAACAUACCCCUGUGGUUGAGUCCCGUUCUGAUGACGAUGACGACUCGGAUGCUUACGGAGGUCGACGGGCGAAGCUUUCCAAAAAGCAACGCCGAAGACUGCUACAGUCUGCUGAUAGCCUGGCACCGGUACACGCUGAAAUCCGAUUUUCCACGCGUAGAGCUGCCAAGGUAUCUAAUUACAAUGAAGACGAUGAUGAUGACUUUCUUGAAGAGGACGACGAGACCAUGACGCCCAACUAUUGGGUCAAUGGUCAAGAAGACGCCGGUCCAGCCAUUGACAUCGUCUUGAACCAUCGUCUCAAGGCCGACAUCACCACUCCGACUAAGACAAAGGACGACUACGAGUUCCUCAUAAAGUGGCAGCAGAAAGCCUACUACCACGCUACUUGGGAGACUGCUGAGUCGCUCGCUACAGUAAGAAGCGUGCGGAGGUUGGAGAACUACAUCAGAAAGACCCUCAUGGAAGAUAUACGAAUCCGUGACGACCCCUCGAUUGCCCCAGAAGAUCGAGAGAAAUGGAUCCUCGACCGGGAACAAUACAUUGAUGCUCUUGAAGACUUCAAGAAGGUGGAAAGAGUCAUCGGCGACCGUGAUGGUGAAGAGGGCAUCGAGUACUAUGUCAAGUGGAAAGGUCUCUUCUAUGACCAAGCUACUUGGGAGUCCUCGACCCUUGUCAGUGAGAUUGCGCAGGGUGAGAUUGACCGCUACAUCAAUCGCAGACGAGAAGACUUCAAGUCGAACGCUACUGAGACCAACCCUUCUUCUCGAUCAUCCUUCCAACCAGUUCGCGAGCAGCCAUUGUACAUCAAGGGCGGUACACUCCGAGACUUUCAGAUGACCGGCUUGAACUUCCUAGCCUACAACUGGGUCAAAGGGAAGAAUGUCGUGCUUGCCGAUGAAAUGGGUCUUGGGAAGACAGUGCAGACUGUAGCAUUCUUAAGCUGGUUGAGGCAUGAUCGUGGACAGCAAGGUCCCUUCCUCGUCGCAGUUCCUUUGUCCACAAUGCCUGCCUGGGCUGAAACGUUCGACUUGUGGUCGCCUGACACAAAUUACAUCGUCUACAGCGGCAACCAGGCAGCGCGGAACAUUAUUCGGGACUACGAACUCCUGCCGGAUGGAAACUUCCGCCAUCCUCGAUUCCAUGUCCUGCUUACGACAUAUGAAUAUGUUCUGCACGAUGCGCCUUUCCUCAGCCAGAUCAAGUGGCAGUUCAUGGCUGUUGACGAAGCCCAUCGUCUCAAGAAUCGCGAAUCUCAGCUGUACGACCGCUUGAGAGAAUUUAAAGCACCAGCUCGACUACUCAUCACCGGCACGCCUGUCCAGAACAAUCUUGGAGAACUGUCUGCCCUGUUCGACUUCUUAAGCCCUGGUGUUGUCAACAUCGACGAGAACAUGGACUUGACCACAGAGGAGGCAAGUGCUAAAAUUGCUCAGCUGACCGAGGAUAUCAAGCCGUAUAUGCUCCGCAGGACCAAACAGAAAGUCGAGAAAGAUCUUCCUCCCAAGACUGAAAAGAUCAUUCGUGUGGAACUCUCGGAUAUUCAGCUGGAGUACUAUAAAAAUAUUCUUACAAAGAACUAUGCUGCGUUGAAUCAAGGAGCGAAGGGCCAGAAACAGUCGCUUCUCAACAUCAUGAUGGAGCUGAAGAAAGCCAGCAACCACCCCUUCAUGUUCCCUGCAGCUGAGGAACGUCUCAUCCCCCCUGAAGCUCGUCGCGACGAAGUCCUUCGCGCUCUUGUCACGAGUAGCGGCAAGAUGAUGCUUCUCGACCAGCUUCUUACCAAACUCAAGCGUGAUGGCCACCGUGUCUUGAUCUUCAGUCAGAUGGUCAAGAUGCUAGAUAUCCUCGGAGACUACAUGGAAUACCGCGGCCAUGCCUACCAGCGGCUUGAUGGCACCAUCGCUGCGGGACCCCGUCGAAUCGCUAUCGACCAUUUCAACGCGCCGGACAGCUCAGAUUUCUGCUUCUUGCUUUCCACUCGAGCAGGCGGUCUCGGGAUCAACCUCAUGACUGCCGACACGGUCAUCAUCUUCGACUCGGACUGGAAUCCUCAGGCAGACUUACAAGCCAUGGCUCGAGCACAUCGGAUUGGGCAGGUCAAGCCAGUCAGUGUCUACCGCUUAGUCUCUAAGGAGACGAUUGAAGAAGAGAUUUUGGAGCGAGCCAGGAAUAAAUUAAUGUUGGAGUUCUUGACCAUUCAGCGCGGUGUUACCGACAAGGAAACUCAAGCUCGGCGCAACGCCUUGGUCGGCGAACCUGGCAGCUCUAGUGAAAUCUCGAGAAUCCUGAAGAAGCGUGGUCAGAAGAUGUUUGAGCAGACCGAUAACCAGAAGAAGCUCGAAGAACUUGAUCUCGACGCCGUUCUCAACAGUGCCGAAGACUACAAAGUCGAGCAACCGGAUGGCACUGAUGCCGAUGGCGGUGAGGAGUUUCUGCGAAGUUUCGACUUCGUGGACGUCAAAGUUGAUGAACUCUCUUGGGAUGAUAUCAUCCCCAAGGAGCAGCUUGAGCGGAUCCAGAAAGAGGAGCAAGAGAAGGCCAACGAGAAAUACCUUGCUGAAGUUAUCGAGCAAAACAAGCCACGAGUCCGCAACACUCAGGCCACGGAGGAUCGUGAGGCCCGCAAAGCUCGACGCUCGGAGCAACGCCAGAGAGAAAUCGACUCGGACAGUGAAUCUGAUGAGGGUCCCAAAGCUGACCCAUCACGUCCGCUGAGUGAGCGCGAGUACAGAUAUCUCAUCAAAGGCCACCUCCGCUAUGGUUCGUUAGAAGAUCGACCAGAGGAGUUUCUCACGGAAGCUCGACUCCGCGGUAGAGACAUUGAGGUUGUCAAAGCUGCCAUGCAGGAAGUGUGGGACAAAUCCGAGAAGCUGUUCAAGGAAGAACAACAACGAAUGGCCGAGUUAGAACGGACAUCGAACCGACCCAUAACCAAGAAAGACCGCAAGGCCGUCCUAUUCGAGCUUCACGGCGUCAAACGAAUCAAUGCCGAAACCAUCCUCGAACGUCCUAUGGAAAUGCGCCUGCUCCAAGAAGUCACUUCGAAGGAUCCUGACUACAAGUCUUUCCGAAUUCCGGAAGCGACGAAGGCUGCUGGAUACUCGUGUCCUUGGGGUGCCAGAGAAGAUGGUAUGCUCUGUGUUGGUAUUUCUCGACAUGGCUAUGGUGCCUGGGAAAAGAUCCGCGAUGACCCUGAUCUGGGCCUCAUGGACAAGUUCUUCCUCGAGGAGCACCGUGUCGACAAGAAGGCGGAGCGUGAGCGGGGCGAUGAAAAGAACGCGAAGUCCCCGGGUGCUGUGCACCUGGUCAGACGUGCUGACUAUCUUCUCUCCGUCUUGAAGAGCAAGUACGUGGACGAUCCAGCCGCGAAACGCGCCGUCGAGAACCACCAUCGCAAUAACAAGAAGUACCAUGCUGAAAAAGCUGCAAGUUCUCCAGCAGCUGCCCCGUCUCGGAUUCGACAGAGAGACUCAGAGAAGCCCCGACACCGGACAAUCAGUCAGACUCAACGUGAGAGCUCUGAGAGAUAUGGGACUCCUCAGUCCGAGCGUCGUCAUGGUCACGUCAAGCAUGAAAGUGAGAGCAGAGAUCACAAAGAGCGCAGACAUCGCGAUGAGAAUGGCCAUAGUUCUCACCAUCGCCAUGGUAGCGACCACAGAAGAGCUGACAAUCCUUCCCAUGGCGCCGCCGCCACUGAAGUCGAUCCUCUUUUGGAUAUGCUGUUUAAGCCUGUCAGAGAAAGCCUGAGGAAGAUCAAGGCCACGACGAAGAGCGCGAUUCCUGAUAACCAGACUCGAGCAAACGAGUUGCGUGUGCUCCUGAAGCAAAUCGGAAUUUUUAUCACUGAGCAAGUUGCUGAGCUAGAUGAGAAUCAGGAGUCAGUUGAGAAGCGAUUCUGGGAUUAUGCUGCCACCUACUGGCCCAACAAGGGCAUUAAAGGCAAAGAACUCCAGGCCAUUCACGGCAAGAUUGUUGCGUCUGACAACAAGCUUGCCGGCGAAGGCUCCCCCAACGACGAGUCUAGCAACGUCGACGGUCGAGCGACCAAUGGGUCAUAUCAGACUUCACCUCCGCGUUAG